CCUCAAGCAGGUUGCUCGCAGUUCAGAAAGUCGGUCGGAAAAACCGAAAAUUGUGCAUUAGUGCUAAUCAUGGACAAGACCUUUGUGCUCGCGCGCGUUACCAAGGUUCUGGGCCGCACCGGAUCCCAGGGGCAGUGUACCCAGGUGAAGGUUGAGUUCCUGAACGAGCAGAACCGACAGAUCAUCCGCAACGUUAAGGGACCCGUCCGCGAGGGCGAUAUCCUGACCCUGCUGGAGUCCGAACGUGAGGCAAGAAGGCUUCGGUAAAUUUGCCUCAACUUCGAGAUAUACUUUCCAUCGAAAGAACAUUCUGCACCAAACUGGUUAUGUAUUCACUCUGUGUACGUUGAAGAAAUAAAGCGGCCGAACACGGUAGCGAAGAAAUCUGAAUCCAACGCCGGGCAAUCAUAUUUCAUGUACAUCGGUGAAACAUCCAUGGUAAUGGAAGUAAAGAAGUGAAAGCUAA